AUUGGCUGCUGAUAGUUUCAGUCGUUAACUUCUUAAUAUUCAAUCAAUAUUUCGGUCAAAAUCACAUAUGACUGCGAUGCUAUAGACGAGAAAUGAUAGAAAAACGAUAGAAGUGAGCUGCGAUUACCAUCAUCAUUAAGUAGCAUAUGAAACCAAACAUUGUAGUUCGGACUUUUCUUUAAUACUUUCCACCAAAUCAGCAAACUAAAACUACCAAAUUACCGUAGAAAAGAUUACACUUCUUGCUGUUAACGUAAAGGACAUCUUAAACAUCUUAAACAUAACAUCUCAGCAGCCAUCGACUCUUAGUCUGAAUCACAAAACAAUAAAGCUUGCCUCGCUUUUAUUCUCUUCAGAAGUCAGCGCAAACACAACAAAAUAAACUUUCUUACGCAAAUUCGAAAACAAUUUGCUAGUUUUAUUUCUUACUUUAAAACACCACAAGAUUUUAUUUUUUUCAAUACUUUUUCAAUACUUCACAAGCAAGAUUCAAAUCGGAGCGUUUUAUGCAGUCAUUGUAAUCACAAUCUCAAACGCAAGAGUUGAAAAAGAAAACAUUUUAAACGUUUAUAGCGUGGCGACCGGUUAAAAAACUGUUUUUUUUUUAUCGCGUUUAGGUAAUAACAAUAAAUUUCAGUUUUAAGCUUCGAUAAAUUUAUGUUAACUGUUUUGUUAGAGCUUAUAGAAUUGAGUCAGUUUUAUUAUAUUUCGCCUGAAAGUUGGGUUAUAAAUUCAAUUAACUAGACGGAUCAAAAUCCAGUGGAUCGUGGAUCUAUCCUCCAAUUUGCGAACUAUUAUUCUUGUUACUUAACGUUACUAGCAAUUGCAGCCCACAAUUUUAUCAUAAAUUUCUUUCUUGGAACCAAGAACGAGAGAACCCUGUUACUAAAAUUUGAAACCCUCUGACAAGUUUUACGAAUUUUAGACAUACGCGCCUUGUAAUUCUUCAAAAAUUAUUUUAUCCUCAGCCCAAUCAGCCCCGGCGCAAUUCAAGUGAUCGUACUUACGCAGAAUCAAACGAAAUAAAAGAACCAAAGUACAGAACAUUAGUUUAUUAUUUACAAGUUAUUUAUUUAUUCGUCAUUUUGUUACAAUUUAUAAGUGCGAUUUGUGAUUUCAUAAAAGAGUUUCCAGAAAUCGAGCUCUUAAAGAUUGUAAAAAUAACUCAAGGAACAGAGUUGUUUAUUGUUCAGCCGUGGUGCAUUUCUUGCCAAAUUGCACUUAACGAUUUGAUUAAAAACAAAAGGUAUAAUUUAACUUAUUUAGUCGAGUAAUGAAAAUAAGAAACAGUCAGCAAAAAUCAUUAACAAUUCAGUGCAUGGGAAAGACUACACCGAAAGAAAAAAAUGAAAGCCUCAAUCUCUGGUUGAAUUUGUUACCCGCAAUUUGAUUUUAUGGCUUCUACUGCCAGUUAUUUUGAGCAUCCUGUUUUGCUGUUUGCUGUUACUGUUAAAAUUCUCCUUAAAACACGUUUUCAAAGUUGAGUUAUAUUUAAUUGAAAAAAAAAAACAUUUCAGCCAAAUCAAUUCAAAAAGCAGAUCGGUAGGGUAAAUUAGUCGUUUCCAGCCAUUUUAUUCGCCCUGAAUUUUGACCCGAGUUAAAAUCUUCCCUGAUACGCAGUGCGUUCGAAUACUAUCAGCAGUUACAAUUUAAGUCAACCGGUCAAUUUAAUCAACUUAACUAUUCAACCAUUAUCUAAGUUAGCGCUUCAAACAGUGCUUUUUAUACUUACCAUUACUUUUUUAUUACCAAUUUUGGAGUUGGAGUUGUUUUAUGGUGAUAAUGAUGCUUGGGUUAGAAGCUAUGCGUGGAUUCAAAACUGCUUUCAGUCGUGUUUUUGUCAUGCUGUUUCUCGCUAUUGUCGUCGUCUUUUUUGAGUCGACAACAGCAGCCGAGUCAGUCUCCAAAGUCAAACGUGUCGAAUGUCAGGGGACGAACAACCACAUCUCGGAAAGUGGCACUCACGAAGAACACUUCAAACUAUUCUUCGAAAGGUACAACAAGAACUGCACGAUGAUAGAAGGCAAUUUGGAGAUCACGUACGUGCCAGAAGACAAGGAUCUCCACUUUCUCGACUCCAUCCGGGAGAUCAGUGGAUACCUGCUCAUCUACCAGACCAGUCCCAGAGUUGUGAGACUGGCUGGUUUGGAAGUCGUGCGAGGGCGGGAACUGGCCAAGUUCGAUGGGUCUCCUCACCCGUUCUCUGUGGCUGUGUUUGUAAACGAAAUGGAGUAUCUCUUACUGCCAAAACUCAAAGAGGUGAGUACUGGUCGUGUUCUGGUGACGAACAAUAAGAAUUUGUGCUUCAUGGAUCUGGUCAAGUGGACUGACAUUGGAAACACACACCUACACAGCCUCGAGUCUGAGUAUGCCAUGGACAACGGGGGUUCCAAUCAGAAGUGCGCAGCCCAAAAGUGUCAUGAGUCGUGUGCUUCCGGGCAAUGCUGGGGUCCAGAGGCAUCUUCGUGCCAAACAUUGACUAAGACAGUGUGUCACGAGAGUUGUGGGAGUCAGCGUUGUUUUGGACCUGGGUAUGAGCAGUGCUGCAACGAACAGUGCACUGCAGGGUGUAGCGGGAAGGGCAGCGACAAAUGCACUCUGUGUAAUAACUUCGUGGACCGCGGGCGUUGUGUGGGCAAGUGUCCAGACCUGAAGAUAUACAACCCCCAACUGACAGAGUACGAGGACAACCCGGAUGCCAGGUACAGUCUGGGCUAUGAGUGCGUCGCCAAGUGCCCACCCCAAAUGCUGAUCAGCUCUCAGAACACAAAUGCAUGUGUGAAACACUGUCCGGAAAAGACCCACAAUGUCAGUGGCGUAUGUGUCAGUUGUCCAGAUGAUUUCUGCCCCAAAGGCUGUUCAACUCUGAAGGCUGAAGUGGAGAUGCGCUCGGGUGAUUACAACUAUUCCAGUCUGACCAACUGCACCCGAAUAGACGGCUCCCUCAUCCUCUCAGACAGGGCCACCAUCUUCCAACAGGGGGGUGAGGGGGGCAGGGGCGACUACAGUGCAUUGUCCAAGUGGUUUGAAGCUAUCGAGGAGGUCACUCUGCAGCUGUCAAUCACUGACACACCUCUGAAGAGUCUCUCCUUUUUGUCUCGCCUCAAGAAAAUUGGAUCGCGCAUGGAGGACGACACCGAGAAAGAGGAAAAACCAAAUACGAAGGCCAACUUCAUAGUAAUGAACAACGAACAACUGGAGUACUUGGGCCUUAAGAGUCUAAUUGAGUUGCGACACCCCAGAGCCAAAGAGAAUCCUGUGACACUGCAGAAGAACCCCAAGCUAUGCUACACCAACUUCGAGAUGUUCCGCAACCUCACAGUCAACUCUCAAAAAAUGACAAACGUCACCAAGUUCAUGCCUGGACUAGAACAGAGAAAUAAAGAAUGCAAGGAGGGAGGUCACGUGUGUCACUCGGAGUGUGUGACUCUGAAGAACGGACAGAGGGCUUGUUGGGGUCCGGGGGCUGACAUGUGCUACUUAUGCGCCAACUUCCUACUCAACAACAAAACCUGUGUGACCACUUGUGACCCCAAAAACUCAUUCAUUGUCAACAGUGACUCAUCGUCCUCGUCUUCAUCUGCUUCGAAUCAGGGUGGGGCAGUUAAAAAGUGUGAGAGUUGUCAUAAGGAAUGUGCUGGAUCUUGCACAGGACGGAGGGCGUCUGAUUGUUCCGAGUGUCGAAACUUCCGAUCUAAAACUGGGGAGUGUGUGGCAGAAUGUGGGGAGGAUGAGUAUGGAGACAGAGAAACGAAGCGGUGCAGAAAGUGCAGUGCACUCUGUUCGAAGGACCCACUAACCAUCGGCUGUUCAGGACCGGGUGGAUUCGUGGAUGAUCCAAGUAGGGGUAUGAUUGGAGGUUGCUUUCACUGCCCCAGAGUGCUCAAGUUCAACAAUGGAUCCCACAAGUGUGCCGAACCCCACACAUGUCUUCCGGGCUACUUCUCCGACAGGGUCUCGGCUGGAACCAAAAACAAUAUUUUCUCCGGCAGCAGCAUCUGUGAAGAGUGUCAUUCUGAAUGUGAGGGGUGCCGGGGACCAGGCGAGAGGAACUGUCUGAAAUGCAGACACUUCAAGGACAGAGACAGCUGCGUGUCCAAGUGUCCAGAACACAGUCUGGUGAAUGAGAACAACGAAUGUGCCAGUUGUGAUCCCAACUGUCAACGAAUAUCCUCCUCAUCUUCGGGGGCAGCGGGGGGUCCCAUGUGUACCGGCUCCUCCCCCUUCGACUGUGUCAAGUGCCACUGGAGACACAUCAAACACAAUGACUCGGUCCUCCACAGUCCCUCGUCCACUCCUGACCACCCUAUUCACGACCACGACUACCCCCAACUGAGGGUGAUCAAACUGGAGGAACUGCAGUUGGGAAGUGUGAUUGGCAGUGGGGCGUUCGGGACAGUCUACAAGGGCUUGUGGUUGCCCCCCUCCGACCGGAACAGACAGUGUCCGGUGGCUGUGAAGACACUCAUAGACACCUCAGGCAUCCAGCAGCAGAACUUCAUCGAGGAGGCGAAGAAUAUGGCCUUGGUGAGACACAAGUGUCUGGUCAGUGUGGUGGCCAUUUGUCUGGCUGACAAACCCCUCCUCAUCACACCACUCAUGCCCCAUGGAUCCCUCAUAGACUACAUGGCCAGAGUACAUUCCAUACAGGCCUACAACAUGCUUCUGUGGUGCAGUCAGAUAGCAGAGGGCAUGGAGUAUCUGCAGAGCAAAAACAUAGUGCACAGAGACUUGGCUGCGAGGAAUGUGUUGGUGGAGACGAGCAGUCAAGUCAGGAUAUCCGACUUUGGACUCUGUAAAAUACUCAAGGACGGGGUGGCCGCCACAGUUGAAGGAGGAAAGUUUGCGACCAAAUGGCUGGCUAUUGAGUCUCUAGUGAGCUUCGAGUUCAGCCACCAGACAGAUGUGUGGUCUCUGGGCAUCACAGUUUGGGAGAUACUCACCCACGGGGAGAAGCCAUACGAGGACACUCCCUCCCACCACAUGGCUGACUUCUUGAAGGACGGCGGAAGACUGCCCCAGCCGGAGGGCUGCAGUCUCGAACUAUACGUGCUCAUCAUGAAGUGCUGGCUGGCGGAGCCCCAAGUACGUCCUACGUUCACAGAACUGAAGGAAUCCUUCCGCAAAAUGAUGGAGGAGGGCGAUUUUCUCAGCGACUAUGUAGACGAAGGCAAACAUGCCCGCGCGCCAAAUUUGAAUGACAUAUCAAGUCGCCCUCCAGCGGCACUGCCCAGGUGCCCAAUUCCCGAUUUCGGUGCUGACAACAACCAAGUGGGAGGACCCCGUUCGCCCAGCUACCUGCUGCAAGGGACGAACAACACAGGGAUCCGUGGUGGAGACGGAAAUGGGGGAGGGGUAAGGAGGAAUGUUCACGUAGAAGACUAUCUGCACGAGGACAAGGUUAUCGAAGAAUGUCAGGCGAGAUACAACGAGCACAACACUAUGCUACAAAACAACAAUACAAACAACAGAAGUGGUUCUCUGAUAUACGAGAACAAUGCAAGCCCCACUUAUCUCCACCACCCCAAUGGGAGCAUGAUUGGAGGUCGCGGCAACCGCCACGGCACCACGGUGUCCUACGAUGAUGUGGCAUUUUCUCGAAGUUUCUCAAGCCCCCAACAAGGAUUCAACCACUUCCAGUUUCCAGCUGCAGCAUCAUCAGGAGCAGGGAUCCCGUCAAACGUGCAGUACCAGGAGUGUCUCGGAGACAAUCCUUAUGAUUACUCCCCGGGUGCUGACAUGCUAAGGAGAGGAAACAGUUCGACCAGUUCUAUAAACCCCAACUUUCGAGAUCCAAAGUCAUCAAUUUCGGAAAUGCUGCUUAAGCCAGCGCCACAUACAUUCCAAAGAAUGCAUUCCCAACCCCCGCUUCCUCCCAGACUAGCACCGAGUAAGAAUGUAGCCAGUAACUAUCGACGACCAUACAGCAACCUGCAGCAGGAUCAACAGGCUCGUAACGGAGCGUACAGUUCGAUCCAACCGAAUGAGGAUAAGAGUGGUCAGCCGCGACAGCCAGUGAGAAUGCAGAAGCAACACCAGCAGGAAAAGAGCAGCAAGACUUGGUACAAGUUCCUGCCAAGUGUGUUGAAACCCAGUGGAUCAAACCCGCGCUCCUCAAAUAGCCAGUACAAGAAGGCCACCCCACAUAGGAAAUCCCAGAAUGCGGAAAGUUUCGACCAUGCGCGGACCCGAAGUGAGCCGAUAGACCACAGGGUAAACAAGAAAUACCGACCGCCUCCAUUGAUUCAAGGUCACUCCUUUGGAAACCAGGACCCCCACUUCCCACCGCCGUUUGAGAGAAGCUUGACGACCACUUCAAUGAUGCAGCCUCCGACUGCUUUGUCAUUCCGGUCCCCAGGCAGGACUCGAACCCACGCUGGUGGAAUGGGAGUCUCUACUCUAGAUGUCAACGGUCAGUGUCCGUCACCCUCAAGGUUUUCGCCAAUGAGACCCGCCGCUCCCGCCUCACAUAUCAGUUCAUAUGGACGUACAAAUCAGUUUGAAGGCACUAUGUACGUUCCUUGAAUUUUUCCGCUUCUGGUGAUCUAUAUAGCUCUUCCGCUUUUAUUUUAGAUCACUCUAAGUGGUAAACACUGCCCAUUACCCCGAAAGGCUCUCUUCUUCUCACGCAACGAAAACUUUUAAAGGCCUAUUUUGAUAUUUUAUAGUUUGUUUCUAUCAUGUCAAAAUUUUGAUACACUUUUUCAUAGGCGAAGUAAUAUUUUGAUUAGACGCUGCGCUGUUUCCUUAAAUUUUCAGAUGGCUUUAAAUUCAGAUGUGUGCUUUAGAUAGAUAGUAAUUCGAACCUAUUCAUUCCUUUCAAAUAGAAAAAACAAACUAAAGACGAUGACUUUUUUAUGUAUAUUCUUAUUUCCGUUCAUUCUUCUUUUCCAACUAUUGCCAAAGCUAAUUUGUAAGUAAGAAUUUAUU